AUGGAAUCACAAAUUAGAGAGAAUAAACUUAUACUUGAGAAUUUCGAAAAUCCAAUCCGUAUACUUUCGAAUAAUAGCGUAAAAGAUGGCAAAUGUGGAAGAAAGUUUAAAUGUGAACGAAAGUUUACGUUCAGUUCUCUCGAAUCAGAAGCAAGCAACGCUGUGAAUCGGAAAUCAUUGACGAAUUCAUCUGAUCAGCUGAAAGGACAUCUGCCAGAAGUGCGUGUAAUACGUGAAGUCCAUUCGGCUGUUCGUCUAAACGGUAAGAUAUUCGAGAAAUCUAGCGCUAGUGCUUUGGUAGUAUUAAAUCUUCCAGAACCAUCAAAAAAGCAAUCUACUCUUCCCAAUUACAUGGAAUAUUUGAAUGUGUUGACGCAUAACUUACGUCGAGUUCUUUUGAUCCGAAGUAGUGGUUCCGAAGUAAUCACGAAAUAUUCGUAA